AAGAGCUCCUUUAUUGUUGGUUAGUGGGGGGCGUGGCAACUGUGAAGCCGUUCAUGCGUCAACUGAGUACUGGCUUUGUACCGGAUGGUCUUGAUCGAUCCAAUAAUAAUACUAUAUAUAGGUGACGAGGAGGCACCAUACAGCUUCACAAACACAGAGACAGAGUAGAAGGAAUGGAUUCAAAGGAGGAGGGGAAGAAUCAAACAGGGAUCAACAAGUAUGCCUGCGCUUGUGCCGCAGUUGCUUCUAUGAUCUCCAUUAUAUUUGGUUAUGACACUGGUGUUAUGAGUGGAGCCAUGCUAUUCAUAAAAGAAGAUCUCAAAGUCAAUGAUACCCAAGUGUCAGUCCUGGCGGGAAUCCUAAACGUGUGCGCGCUGGUGGGUUCCCUUGCUGCGGGAAGAACAUCCGAUUUCUUAGGCCGUCGAUACACAAUUGUCCUAGCCUCCAUCAUCUUCUUGGUUGGUUCAGUUCUGAUGGGCUAUGCCCCUAAUUACGCAGUUCUAUUGACUGGAAGAUGCACUGCUGGGAUCGGCGUGGGCUAUGCGCUCAUGAUUGCACCUGUUUACUCCGCCGAGAUUUCAUCUCCUAAGUCUAGGGGCUUUUUGACCUCUCUCCCAGAGCUUGGCAUCAGUACAGGAAUAUUAUCUGGCUACCUCGCAAACUACUUUAUGGCUGAAUUGCCUCUAAAACUAGGCUGGAGGUUGAUGCUCGGUAUUGCGGCAGUCCCAUCACUUGGCUUGGCUAUUGGUAUUCUUAAGAUGCCUGAGUCCCCUCGGUGGUUAGUGAUGCAAGGCCGACUCGGAGACGCCGAGAAAAUCUUGUUGCGAGUAUCUAAUACUAGAGAAGAAGCUGAAAUUCGGUACCGGGACAUAAAGAUUGCUGCAGGAAUUGACGAAGACUGCAACGAGGAUGUUGUCAAGCCUCCAAGUAACACUCACGGUGGAGGGGUGUGGAAAGAGCUAUUACUAAGGCCCACCCCUGCCGUCCGUUGGAUGUUACUGGCCACGAUUGGAAUCCAUUUCUUUGAGCACGCCACUGGAAUAGAAGCUGUCAUGUUAUUCAGUCCAAGAAUCCUGAAGAAAGCUGGAGUCACCAGUAAGGACAAGCUAUUGCUUGCCACUGUUGGGGUGGGGAUCACAAAGCUGACAUUUAUGGCACUGUCCACACUCUUAAUUGACAGAGUAGGGAGGAGGCCCCUCCUGCUAACAAGCACAACUGGUAUGAUUGUAGCCCUAACUGGAUUAGGGUUUGGUUUAACCAUGGUGGAGCACGCUAAAGAGAGGCUCUUUUGGGCACUUAACCUUAGUUUAGUUGCUACCUACACCUUUGUGGCUUUCUUCAACAUUGGGGUUGCUCCUGUCACUUGGGUCUAUCCGGCAGAGAUAUUUCCUCUCAAGUUAAGGGCACAAGGAGCUAGUAUUGGGGUGGCAGUGAAUAGGGGCACCAAUGCUGCUAUUUCAAUAAGCUUCAUUCCCAUCUACAAGGCCAUUACCAUAGGUGGCGCUUUCUUCAUGUUUGCUGGCAUAUCCGUAGUGGCUUGGAUCUUCUUCUAUUUCCUCCUGCCUGAGACCAAGGGGAAGCCCUUGGAAGAAAUGGAGAUGCUCUUUACCAGGGGGGGUAGAUCUAAAUCUAAAAAUGCAGGUAUUGAAGCUCAGCCAGUAGGAUGAUUAUCUCUGAAGUUGAGGCUUAGAUUUCCAACUCCACUAUUCUCGUUUUAUACUGGUUUAUUGCUGUUCAGCACUGUACGUAGUUCGCAUGUUUAUGAUAUAUGUUUUUAUUUGUGGUCUGUGUCAAGUGUCCCAAGUCAACUGUCAUUUUUUCCGUUCUAAUGUACGUACCUCAGAAACACGUGGUACACACCAACAAUGGAACAAAAUAUCAUGAGCUUCUUUUAUCUUAAA